CUCUGCCUCUGACACUCUAUUAUCUUCUCUCUCCUUGGUCUCUGCCUGUGACACUCUAUUCUCUUCAACCUUUCUCUUCUUUCCUCAGUCUCUGCCUGUGACACUCUAUUCUCUUCUCCCUUUCUGUUCUUCCUUCUGUCUCUGCCUGUGACACUCUAUUCUCUUCUCCCUUUCUGUUCUUUCCUCUGUCUCUGCCUGUGAAACUCUAUUCUCAUCUCCCUUUCUGUUCUUUCCUCUGUCUCUACCUGUGACACUCUAUUCUCUCAACCCCUCUCUCUUGUUUCACUCCUCCUCUCCUCCAUACAAAGGGCUGUGCUUGCAUUUGUUUGGCAUGGAGAGGAGGCAGACAAAUUCAGAGAAGCUCAGAAGUGACAAGGAGCUGAUAUGAGUAGCCAGGGUGACCCAUGGACAUGUUCUUCUUACCUGCACCCACCCUGCCAGAGCUGAGAUCCAGCUGAGCACUGAGGAACAAGAUCCACCAGCAGGGUCCAUGUUGGAGCCAGAUGACUUUGCUGGCCUUGCCGGCCCCUGGAAUUCAUCCGACCUCAGCCUCUUCAGCCCGGCAAGCAUUGUGGUCCCUGUGAUCUUCUCCCUCAUCUUCUUGCUUGGGACUGUGGGGAACAGCUUGGUGCUUGCCGUGCUCCUAAGAAGCGGGCAAAGGACACACAACACAACCAAUCUCUUCAUACUCAAUCUCAGCGUAGCCGAUGUAUCCUUCAUCAUCUUCUGCGUGCCCUUCCAGGCUACCAUCUAUUCCCUGGAGGACUGGGUGUUUGGGGCUUUCAUGUGCAAAGCUGUCCACUUCUUUAUCUAUCUCACCAUGUAUGCCAGCAGUUUCACCCUUGCCGCUGUCUCUGUUGACAGGUACCUGGCAAUUCGUUACCCCCUACGCUCCCGUGAACUUCGGACCCCAUGCAAUGCAAUUGCUACCAUGGCUAUAAUAUGGGGCCUCUCUGUGGUGUUUGCUGGUCCCUACCUGAGUUACUAUGACUUAAUGGACUAUGAAUCCAGUCAUAUCUGCAUGCCAGGCUGGAAGGAGAGAACACGUAAGAUAAUGGAUACCGGCACUUUCAUUGUGGGUUAUGUGAUCCCCGUGCUCAUUGUAAGUCUGUCUUACACCAGGACCAUUAAGUACUUAUGGACAGCAGUUGACCCACUGGAGGAUAUGUCAGAGUCCAAAAAGGCCAAGAGAAAGGUGACCAAGAUGAUUAUUAUUGUCACUGUCCUCUUCUGUCUUUGCUGGCUUCCUCACCAUGUUGUGGUCAUGUGCUACCUAUACGGUGACUUCCCUUUCAACCAAGCCACGUAUGCUUUCCGCCUGCUUUCCCAUUGCAUGGCCUAUGCCAACUCUUGCCUCAAUCCCAUUGUCUAUGCCUUGGUUUCAAAGCACUUUCGUAAAGGGUUUCAGAAGGUUUUCAGCUGUCUGCUGAGGAAGAAAGGUCGGAAUAAAGUCCAUGUGGUCAAUGCAGCCAAUGCUGAACCAGGGUUUGAUGCCGCUUCUUCUGAAAUGUCUCUCAUUAAUGAUGGAAACGGAAAAAAGAAUGGACAUCAUGCAGGAGGAAAUCACUCUGAUUCAUCAAGACCGUUGGGAACACCCUGACAGUUUUUUUAAAACAUUCCCCCGUGCCUCUAACAAGCCAAAUUUUAAGGUUAUCAUAAUGAAGUUCAAGAAGAAGACUCAUUUCUGUAAGAGGAAUUCUUCUUAAGUGCUGAUCUUGGAGAUCUUAUCUUUUUAAGGACAUUUGAGAAGACAGAUGGGGAAACAGCCGAAUAUGGACUACAUGUCUUCAAGAGUGUAUCUGCGGAAGCAUACAGUACUAUGUAGAUAAACUACAGUUACUUGUAAGCUUUCAUGAUCCUAUAAAACCAAAUCCACCCAUUUUCUUGAAAUUCCUUUCAUGACAAGCCCAACACAGUUAUAAAGGACAGUAUUUUGAGUCACAGUUGUCACCUUCAGCUCCUAUAUGAUGGUGCAACACCUUCCAUUGGGAUUUUUAUUAUUAUGGUAUUUGAGGCAAUGUUCAACUCAAAACAUUUGUACAUUUGUCAUUCCUUCCUUCACGUUCCAGGCCUGCCUCCAGGCCUGCCUUGUGCCUGUAAAAACAAAAUCAUAGACAUUGAGUAAAGUUAAGUGCAGAAAACCAAACUGGGUAGAAACAGAGUAAGAAGGAAAACUUUUUAUGGAGAAAACUUGACAUCUAGAAUAGGGGUGUUGCACUUGUGCCACCACAGCUGUUGUACUAUAACUUCUAGAAUAACAACCUUGAGUAGGACGCUGCCGGUUGGGUUCCUUUAACAUAAGGUCAAUAUAAACAUACUACAAACUGUUCACUACAAAGGUCUGUCCAGGUUGGAAGAGAUGUGUCAUAGGGAUGUAGCCAUGAUGUAUCUGCAGAUAUAUGUUCCACCACAGUCUCUGUUCAAGUGAAUGGUUGCCUAUUGAGUAGUGUGAAGGUAAAGCAGAAGAAGCAUCGGACAAAUGAUGGAAUUGUGGGGGAUAAUCUAUAGCCUAGAUAAUACUUAAUAAAAGUGACACACAGUUUCUGAAUAACUCACUAGCUGUAUUACCAAUACAAAGGAUCAUAACCGAUUGCCAUGGCUUAGCCCUAGGGGCAUUGAAGUUAAUUGUGUAUAUAUUGAUUCAGAGGAGGAACAUGUUUGGUCCAAUCACUCUGACCCCAACGGCUGAUAACAAAGCCCAUGGACUUAAUAUGUGUUGGGAUCUCACAUUGUGCUCAGUGCCUUUGAGGACAGUACACCCAACAAAUUUUGGUACGCAAUAAAAAUGUGAUCAUAGACCCUUAACAGGGUUGGAAUUAAUGAGCCCCCAGAUGGGUCGUGCCUGGGUUGAGAAGGGGCAUGUUAGCACAGGUGCUGAGAACAGACUGGGAAAACUGGCAAUUUGCAGAGACACAGCCCUUGCACCCCCAGAUAAUGAGCCCCAUUGUGUAUUGUGGACUUGAACAAGCAUGCCUGAAAAUUCAGGUGAUUUUUGCAACAGAAUAAGAGGUUCAUCACAUCCUAUUAUCCUCUCUGGGUUACUGUAACUGUAAAGAAAUAAAGAUGUUUUCAUUUUGCAGA